AUGCGGCUUUCAUUCUCCAUUGCUGUCGCCAUUGCUGUCUCUAUCGCAUUUGUUCAUGCCGCACCUGUGAUCCCGUUAGCAGAAGUUCGCAGCAAGGCUGCCCAGGGCUUGCGUCUUCUGGAGCUCGCUGAGGACGCGGACCCGGUUUGGAGGACAGAAGACGAGAAAGUCGAUCUCAUCAAAGCCGGCGUUCAUUUCAUCGAUAUCACGGACACGUACGAGAUAGAUCAAACUCUCCUCAAGUAUCCACUGAGAGUGUCCCCUUUCCGAUUUGCCGACCCGACCCACCAGGCCGAAGUGAACCCCAUAUUAAGCACGAUUUCGGUGCCGAAUAUGCAGAGCAACCUGGAGAAGCUUUCCGGCUUCAACAACAGGUAUUAUCGCUCGUCAACGGGCGCCGAGGCCAGUAAAUGGAUUCUCAGCACCGUGCAAGCGAUCGCAGAAGGGAAAGAGCACAUCAGCGCAAACGCGUUCUCCCAUCCCUCCUGGCCGCAAACCUCCACGAUUGUUCACAUCGCCGGCAAGGAUACCUCGGGCCCAGUGACCAUACUAGGCGCGCAUAUGGAUUCUGUGAACCAGCGCAACCCAUCCAGUGGCCGUUCUCCAGGAGCAGACGAUGACGGUUCAGGGUCCGUCAACUUGAUCGAAGCCUUCCGCGCGCUCGUUGACUCUGGGUUCGAGCCUCCCAACCCGGUCGAGUUCCACUGGUAUGCCGCGGAAGAAGGUGGCCUGCUCGGUUCUCGCGCGAUUGCGUCGAAGUACAAAUCCGAUGGCGUUAACGUUAAAGGCUACAUGAACCUUGAUAUGACGGCAUACUUCAAACCAGGGGAUAAAGAAGUCGUCGCCCUCAUGACCGACAACACUGACGCAGCCUUGAACGACUACGUUGAGAAAUUGGUAACCACAUAUACGAGGCUUACCGUAGCGCGAUCUAAAUGUGGUUAUGGGUGCUCCGACCACGCUUCUUGGAAUAGAUACGGCUACCCGGCUGUCAUGCCUUUCGAAACACCUAUGGGAAGCGAUAACCCAACGAUCCACACCGACAAGGAUACAACUAGCGCCCCAGGAUUCUCAUGGGACCAUUCCCUUGAAUUUACGAAGCUGGCCGUGUCCUUCGCAUACGAAUUGUCUGCUUGA